AUGCAACAACUCAUCACCGUUAUCAAUACAGGAUGGGCAAUAGACCGGAAACAAUGUCCACCAACACUAAUUCCAUUCUAUAACAAUCGAAGCGAACUUAUUGAAGAUAAUGGAUUAGUCUUCUUUGGCGAAAGACUCGUUGUGCCUUCAUCCUUAAGAAAAGAAAUGCUACAGCAAAUUCACAAGUCCCAUAUAGGUAUUGAGGGUUGUCUGCGGCGAGCACGGGAAGUGAUAUAUUGGCCACGAAUGAAUGCGGAGGUGAAAGAUUAUGUUUCAAAGUGCUCCAUAUGCCAAACACACCAGCCGGAGCAGUGUCGUAAACCACUGAAGUCCUACGACCUACCACAACGACCAUGGUCAGUGGUUGGAGAGGACCUAUUUCAAUUGGGACAUCAGCAAUUUCUUAUCAUUGUUGACUACUGGAGUGGGCUCUUUGAAGUUCAAGAGUUAUCAAAAGUUACAUCGAAAACUGUCAUCACUGCAUCAAAGGUCCAAUUUGCGAGGCAUGAAAUUCCGGACACCCUAAUCUCCGAUAAUGGUCCUCAGUUUACGUCAGCGGAAUUUGCCCAGUUUACAAACGAGUGGCAAAUUGAACACCGAACAUCGAGCCCACACUAUCCUCAAUCUAAUGGACGUGCCGAAAAUGCAGUGAAAACCUGUAAAUCCCUAUUAAAGAAAACAAAAGCCAGCGGUGAAGAUCCUCUAUUAGCAUUGAGGUCCAAUAUUUUCAGAGGGACACUCCGACUGAAAAUAUUGGACCUCACCAGCGUAAAGAUUAAUGGGUCGACGUACUCGUACAUUGCUUCCCACACAUCAGAGUCUUCUUAAAACACCGGAGCAAAACGGAACAAAGAAGGAAUUAGAGAACCGCAAAGCAAAACAAGCAAGGUUGUAUAACAAGAAAUGUAAACUGCUUGAGCCCCUACAAAGUGGAUGCGCUAUUAGAAUGAAACUUCCCGGUGAUCGCCGUCAUCUACGUGCGACCAAAGAGAUGGCACGCGAAAGAACGCGAAAGAUUCCCAAAUCGAACCGAGCGAGCCGAUCGAAAAGGACCUCACCCCAAGUUUACCAGUCGUGGAACAUAGCACCCCAACUAAACCUUUAAACCAUGAAACAGGAAAUGAAAAUCAGUUAGGCAGUUCUGGCAGUAAUGGAGGUCGAACGCCGAGUGAAAGUGACGCGGGACAAGAAGAAACAAUCCCUCGUCGAACUACGCGAGAGCGACGUUCGCCCGAUUGGCAUAACGAUUACGAGAGACACUAA